AUGUCAUGCCUUCCCAGCCCAUUGAUGGCCCCUGUAAAGAAGCUGAAGAACGACAUGCACAGCGACGCCGAGAGCACGGCGGCCCAUGACAGUGACCACAGUGACGUCGAGACCGUGACGGACUCUCACCCCUCGCAGGUUUCCUCACCUCGUAUGCUAGGUGCGGAGGCCUGUGAAGAGAAGGGCCCAUGCAACGUGGUCGUGAGGAGCACCUUCAUCGACUUGGAUGACGGCUGCGGGCUCCUGCAGAAGUACCGGCGCCUGCGCCGAGCGCAGACGGAGUCUGCCUUGGUGGCGGCGCCUCCCCAGCAGGCGUACGAGCCUGGGAGGUUCAGCGACGACCAUGCCAAGCAACAGGAGGCAAGCGUGGUCGAGAAUCCCCAGGAGUGCAGCCCAGCAAGAGAGGUCGAGCAGCGCACCACGGUGAUGCUGCGGAAUAUUCCCAACAACCUGACGCGCGACAUGUUCCUGAAGCUGCUGGACCAGCACGACUUCGCGGGGCGCUACGACUUCGCCUACCUUCCCUGCGACUUCUACAGGGACGCCAACCUUGGCUAUGCCUUCGUGAACCUGGUGGACGCCAGGGCUGUGGAGGACUUGUGGACGGCCUUCGACGGCUUCACGGACUGGGACCUGCCCACAGCCAAGGUCUGUCAGGUGAGAUGGAGCGGCCCGCACCAAGGUUUCAAGGCCCACGUGGAACGUUACAGGAACAGCCCAGUCAUGCAUCGAAGCGUGCCAGAUGUGUACAAGCCCGUCAUCUUCAAGGAUGGAGUGCGCAAGCCGUUCCCGCGACCCACGAAGAAGGUCAAAGCACCGAAUGCAGGGUUCUUCUGA